UAUGAAGACUGCUAGCUGUUUUUUUUUCAAUAACCGAUACAGACGAAGUACCUCGUUCGGGGAACAGUGAUGUCUCCUCGCCUAGUAACUAAAGCACGGAUACCCUUUUAUUCCUGGUAUAUAGAAAAGGUCACCGCAACUCCCUUUAUCUCGACACUCUAUUAAGGCUGUUGAAAAGAGCUUAAAACGUCAUAUGUGUUGACCAGCUGGGUAGGUAUGGAUAACACAAUCCGUAGUAUCGACUGCUUUUAUGCACAUAAAUACGAGUAAGUCAUAUUUGCGUUAAUUUAAAAAAAAAAAGUCCACAAAAAGGUAGGUAUAUUUAUUUUAUUUUAUCAUUUCGACUUGGAAAAUCGAAUUUUUCAGUCGCUGCCACCAUCUGGGUAGCGGUAAUUAAUAGUUAACGCGGUAUUAUUUAGGUUCAGUGCAAUUAUUCUCUGUUUAUUCGGCUCUGAUUGCAGAGCACAAAGCAAACCCCGAGAUACGCGGAGGGGGAAACCACAGGUUGGUGUUCAGGUUGGUAGGAUGCCUGCGGGAGGCGACACAGCCCCACUUUAACCUCGGCUGGGGAGCUCAAGCAUUGCCUUUCUACAAGCCUUUUGUUAUUAUAAAUAUCACGUCAUAUACAUAAUAUCUUUGAAUGUUAGGAGACGGCUUUAUGUCUCUAGUGGGUAUUGUGCGCUGCUUGGGACGGCAGGGAGACGAAGCGGCUGUAGACUGAUGCUGCCUCACAGCGCAGACGGACACCCGGCCAGACCUGCAGCGCUGCUCCCAGCAUCGCAACAUCAGCCGUUCGUGCUGUUUUGAAGGAGACCCGCGUAUAAACACGUCUAAAAAAGGGGGAUGCAUUGAGUGACGCGAUCCGGGCGAUGAAGGGCGGCCGUGCAGCGCGCGGCGGUGCAGAGGGGAUGGGGGACGCCGUGGACCGGCAGCGCUUCGCACGUAGGAUGCAGCCUCAAGACAUUAUGGAUCCGAGACGUUUGAACGGGCCGAAACACCGAAGAGGCUAUAAUUAAUGCAGCCGUGUGCGUCAUUAAACGGAAUAUAACCGCAUAACCGCUUCGCGGUUCCAGUUCAUGGAGGUACGUGGAAGAGACAGAUGUUGACAGGCUCGCUAUUGCCCCGUGGCUCCAGCAUGUCACAUUCCUCUCCAGCCGGUGGUGGCCAUAACUCCAGCAUCGGGACCUGGGACCCAGGAACCCUGAGCCCAUCUUCCACAGCCACCAGUGCGGUGAAGAUGACGCUGAUUUCAGCCAUCAUGUGCACUUCGCUGUUCGGCAACGUGCUGGUGCUGCUGGUGUUCCAGCGCAAGCCGCAAUUGUUGCACGUGGCUAAUCGCUUCGUGCUGAACCUGCUGUUGGCUGACCUGCUGCAAACUGUUCUGGUGAUGCCCUUCGCCAUUGCCGCAGCCCUGCCUGGCGUCUGGCCGCUGGACAGCCGUCUGUGUCAGGCCCUGGUGGUGCUCAUGCAUCUCUUCGCCUUCACCGGUGUCAACACCAUAAUCGUGGUGUCGGUGGACCGCUACCUGGCCAUCAUCCACCCACUCUCCUACCCCACCCGCAUGACGCCGCAUCUCGGCACCAACCUGAUUGCCGCCACAUGGCUGGUCAGCGCCCUGCAGAGCACGCCGCCGCUCUAUGGCUGGGGCGCCAUCGGCUUCGACCGGCGGCACGGGACGUGCACCGUCUUCUGGGCCUCCAGCCAGUCCUACGCCGCUCUGCUCUCCACGUUGUCAUUUUGGCUUCCAGCGACCAUCAUGCUAGCCUGUUAUUGGAUGGUGUUCCGGGCAGCUAGGAGGCAGAACGCCCUGGUGCACCCCAUCCAUUCCGCACCCCCCCAGGACCGCCACAUAGCUGCAGCCACCCCACAGGGCCCCGACACUCAGCAGCUGACUGCCUCACCCUCCCUGGAAGGAAACCACAGCCGGAGUCGGCACAGACGCUUCCAGUACCAUUGCAAAGCGGCACGGGUGGUGUUCAUCAUCACUGGCUCUUACGUGAUGAGCAUGGGACCCUACAGCAUCCUGGGAUCAGUACUGGCACACUCCCAUGCUUCGGUGCCGUCAUGGCUGGCUGCGCUGGUGCUUGUCCUCUUCUUCCUGCAGUGCUGCGUGCACCCUUACACCUACGGCUACAUGCACCGCAGCGUCCGCAAAGAGUUCACCAGCCUGCUCUGUGGCCCCCUGAUCUGCAUCCGGGACGGCCAGCGCUCCCAUCGGGGAUCUGGGCCGACAGACAUCCGCUCUGGCCACCUGCACCUACCAGGGGUGGCCACGCGCGUCUGUCCCCAGCACAUCUGGGAGGAGGGAACCGUGUCAUCCUCCCCGACGGAGAGAAGAUCCAAGGACAGCAGGAAGGAAACCACCUCAGUCAGCCUCAUCUCAGAGAAGUGACAGGACAGUCAGUCAUGGUGUUUGGGUCCAUCCCUAACCCCUAAAUCUACUAGCAUUUUUCUGUUACUGAAAAGCAAAUUGUAGACGAUUUAGCAGUUUAGGAAAAAAUGAUUGUUAAACUUAGUUGUUACCGAAAUACCAGUUGCUCCUGUGAUUUGGUGGUGUCCCAAACGACGGUAAACUCUUCCAGCUUCCCAGCAACUCAUUUCCACCACAGUCUCUACUGCUGGGUCAAAAUAUGCCACGUACAGAGAGCACGACUGUUCCUAGUGACUCUUAGAUCCUAAGGUCAAACCAAGCAAGUAUGCUCCACCCACAGACUUGAAAAGAACAGCUCCCUACCUCCCUUUGUCAGGUGCCCCGUCCCUAAAGUCCUUUGUACAUUACUUAUACAACCCUGAUUUGCGGUAUGUAAAGAGCCUCAACGACUCAAAACGUUUAAGUCAGUAUUUGGAAUUCGCCCUUUUAUCAGUGGUGCUGUGUCACGGGCCGUCCCUGGUCAAAUGAAACAGACGUUGACUUCAUAGGUUGUGAAAAACAUUACCUCAAAAUACUGUGUGACUCAGUGUAUUCAGCAAAGUAAUUAUUUUGUGUCACAACGUAGACAAGGUGAAAAUUGAAUUUGUACUGUUAAUGCUUAAGUUAAUGUUUCCUAUGUAAUAUGUGAUAUUUUAACAAAAGUGGAGUUACCAAGAGAUUUUAUACACUGUCAGUACAGAUUAUAUAACAUUUAUACUACAGAAGUCAUUUUAUAACAAUUUAAUAUAGUCUUGACAUGUUUAAGUAUGUUUUAU